UCGUCUCAAGGCUUGCGCUUGCAUAUGUAGGAAGGAGAAGAAAUUCUACAAUGUCGCAGAGGAGAUCCAAUCACUCAAGCAGCGAAUCAUGGAUAUCUCUCGCAAACGAGAGACUUAUGGUAUUACAAAUAUCAAUAGUAAUGCUGGAGAAGGGUCAAGUAAUCAGGUUACAACAUUGAGGAGAACUACCUCAUAUAUAGAUGAUGAUGACAUUUUUGUUGGCUUUCAGGAUGUUGUACAAACAUUGCUAGCUCAACUUCUCAAAGCAGAGCCUCGUAGAAGCGACAUCUCCAUUCAUGGCAUGGGCGGAUUAGGCAAGACCACUCUUGCAAGAAACCUCUACAACAGCCCUAAUAUAGUCUCAAGCUUCCCUACACGUGCUUGGAUAUGUGUUUCUCAAGAGUACAACACAAUGGAUCUUCUUAAGGCUAUCAUAAAAUCCAUCCAAGGUUGCACCAAGGAAACUCUAGAUUUGUUGGAAAAGAUGGCAGAAACAGAUCUAGAAAAUCACCUUCGUGAUCUAUUGAAAGGACGCAAAUACCUUGUGGUGGUUGAUGAUGUGUGGAAGAGAGAAGCAUGGAAGGGUUUGAAAAGAGCAUUCCCGGACAGCAAGAAUGCAGCAGAGUUAUUAUCACCACGCGCCAAGGGGAUGUCGCUGAAAGAGCAGACGAUAGAGGUUUUGUCCAUAAACUUCGCUUCCUAAGCCAAGAAGAAAGUUGGGACCUCUUUUGUAGGAAACUAGUUGAUGUUCGAGCAAUGGUUCCAGCAAUGGAAAGUCUAGCUAAGGAUAUGGUGGAAAAAUGUAGAGGCUUACCUCUUGCAAUUGUUGUAUUGAGUGGACUACUUUCGCAUA